CUUGAGAGGAGCAGCGCUGCAACAAACAAUCAAUGUCUGGUGGGUUCUUCAGUUCUUCAACGUGAUUUGUUUCUCUCACAUGCCUUGAGGGACAGUUACACGCAGUUACACGCAGUUGGGCACGCACCAAUCCCUGGGAUCCAACAAAUCACGCCUGACGAAAGAAAGAUGGAGGCCUCUUUGGCCGGGAAGCGGAUUCUGGUCACGGGCGUGGGACAAGGCAUUGGACGAUGUGUUGCCAAAAAAUUGCACUCGUUCGGAGUCGAAGUUCACGGGAUUUCUAGAACUCAAGCAAAUCUGGAGAGUUUGGCCCAAGAAUGCAGCGGAAUCAAAACUUAUUGCCAAGACAUUAGUCAAUGGGACUCGCUAAAAGUUCUCGUUGAGAGCCUCCCCGUUAUGGACGGUGUAGUCAACAACGCCGCCAUUAACAUCCUCGAACCCAUUGUCGAUGUUAAAGAAGAAAGUCUCGAUGCUAUAUUUGCCACCAACGUCAAGUCCAUCAUCAAUAUUAGCCAAACAAUGGCCAGAAAGAUGAUUGAUGCUCAAAGGCCCGGAGCAUUUGUCAACGUCUCGUCUCAGGCUUCAUUGGUGGCUCUCGAGGAUCACGUGUCCUACGCAGCCUCCAAAGCGGCUGUCGAUCAAAUCACUCGUCUCAUGGCGUUGGAGUUCGGAAAAUAUAACAUUCGUUCCAAUUGCAUUAAUCCAACAGUGGCACUCACAGACUUGGGAUUGCUGAAAUGGUCUGAUCCGGCUGUGGCCGAUCCCAUGAGGGAGAAGAUUCCUCUGAAAAGAUUUGCGGAGCCCCAAGAGAUAGCAGACGUGAUCAUCUAUCUAUUGAGCGACAUGGCAUCAAUGGUCAAUGGAAUCAUCAUGCCCGUGGAUGGUGGCUACACCGCUUGUUGAGCUAAGCCUCGGGAUCCAACGCACAUGGGCGGCGAAACUCUUGUCCGUGCGAACGAAACCAAAUAUUGGCAAUUGUUUUCGAUCCCAAUAACACCGGACAGCCCGAGUGCAACGUG